UGGUUAAUAUUUUAUUUAGUUGGUAGUUCUUAGAUUAUUUACUACAGAAUGAACUUGGUAUUGUUAGUUUUGGUGCUGUUGUAGUCUUUGGCUUCUCUCUGUCUUGUUGGAAUGACAUGGAUUCAUUGUUUGAUGUCCUUAUCAAUCUGGAAAUUCUGCCAUCCUCAAAGAUGGUUAUUGCAAUCCAUUUACAUCUCCAGGGUUCUGUUUAGCUGAGAUUUCUAGGAUGAGAUUUUGAAGAUCAUGUUCUGAUUACUUUUGUUUGUGUGAACCAACCAUGGAUGCUUUGCAAGCAAUUGCUUCAGCUACUCAGAUUGUUUAUAGUAUGAUUGGAGCUGUGAGUGCACUGGAACAAGCAUCCAGGAACCUCAGUGAAGCUCCGAACAGAAUUCGGGUGCUCGACGAGUUUGUUUCUGAUCUUGAGAACUUGACAAGACAUAUCAAGCUGAAGCAUGCUCACAAACUUCAUAAUCCUCAACUAGAUCGGCAGUUUUCGAGCUUGACUGGGCUAAUUGAAAGGUUGCAUCUCAAUUUGUCAAAGGCUAGGAGAGUUGUUGCUAAGAAUAAAGCUAAGAACUUUGCUAAAGUAGUGUGGAGCUCCAUGGUCGGAGAUCCACUCUCAAAAUUGAUUCAGUUGAUUAGAGAUGAUCUAAACUGGUGGUUGGAAUUGCAGAAAUUAACUGAGAAUGUGGAGAGGGUCAUUGAGUCUACUGCAGAAAAUGCGCCUUUUUUGUUAAAAGUCAGUGCAGAACAAGGCUAUCCUGUGUUGAACAAGUGCAAUUAUGUGCGAAAACUGUUAGAGCAGGAUGAAACUCAUCGGGUUAUUCUUCUCGUCGGAUUAUCAGGCAUUGGCAAGUCUUGUUUGGCACGACAUGUUGCGGCUGAUCCACCGGGCAGGUUUGUUCAUGGUGCGGUUGAGCUUGGAUUUGGGCAGUGGUGCAGUCGAGCAGCAUGCAAUGGUAGCAGGAAUGAGUACCAUAAACGGUUAGCAAAACGAUUGGGAACGUUUUUGGUGCAGAUUGGUUUCAUGAAGAAGGUAAAGAAUGAGACGAACGGAGAUCUUGAAGACAUGUGUUACCUGCUUCAAACAGCAUUAGUUGGGAAAAAACUUUUGGUCCUGCUUGACGAUGUUUGGGAGCAAGACAUUGUUGAAAGGUUCACAAAGUUGUAUGAUAAUGAUUGUAAGUAUUUAGUAACCACCAGAAAUGAGGCAGUCUUUGAAAUCACGGAGGCCGAAAAGGUGGAAAUCUGCAAAGAGGACAUUAAGGAGAUAAGCAGAGAAAUUCUUCUUUAUCACAGUCUGCUUAGCAAUGAAGAAUUACCGUAUGUUGCAGAGACUUUGCUUGAUCGCUGCGGUCACCAUCCUCUUACAGUUGCUGUAAUGGGUAAGGCUCUACGAAAUGAGACUCGAGUAGAGAAGUGGGAUAAAGCCAUAUCCGAUCUUUCUACUUAUGCAACAUGUGCUCCUGGUCCAGUUUCGUAUGUUAAUGAGAAAGAAGCCAAGAAUGACACACUAACGAUAUUUGGUUCCUUUGAGUUCAGUUUGGAAGCAAUGCCGGAAAACUCCCAUAAGUUUUUCAUAGUUCUAGCUUCCGUUUGUUGGGCUGAACCUGUGCCGGAGGCUUGCCUCGAAGCUCUCUGGUCAGUGCUUGGGCAGGAGAGUUUGUUCUCCCUUGUAAUUUGCAAGCUAGUAGAAGGAUCACUUUUGAUUAAAAUGGAUGCUCAUAUGUUGUACCAUGUCCAUGACAUGGUUUCACUUUACCUUGAAAACAAAACCGAUGACUCCAUCCGAUCACUCCUCCUAGAGUCUUCUCUGAAAAAUAUUGCAUCUAUAUCUCCAUGGCUUUACAUAUUCGGCAAGGAAAAUGUUCGUAUGAUCUCUGAGGAUAAGAUGAAGUUUUUACUCACUGUGUCACAAGAACAUCAGUCUGAGGCUGCCAUAUGUUUAGAGACUAUUGUCCAUGCUCUCAUGGCAAGCAAGUCGAUUUCAGAAUUUGAAGCUAGUCGGAAGAGUUUUAGCAUUAUACUGUGUCCAAGAGUUGCGAAGCUCAUCUGUACAGGCUCAAAAGUUAUAAUUGUUGCUGCUGCAAAUGCAAUCACAAUCAUAUUUACUCAGGAGGAAUACUGUGAGUGUGCCCCAUUUUUCGAAGACAUUGGUGCUCUGGAUAAUCUAAUAAGUGUUUUGGAGGACUCUGAUAGCCCGUCAACUCAAGCGAUAAUUUCUUCUGUCAUUGCAAAGCUUGCCGAACAUGGCAGCAGCAUUACUGUCAGUAAAGUUUUGCCAAGUAUACCCAUGAAUCAACUUGGGGAGCUACUUGCUCCGGAUGCUGUAGAGUGGCAUGAGACUAUAUUCACUACUCUAAUGUCAUUGACUAAUGCUGGAAAGACCAAAGCUGUUGAAAGGAUGAUUGCUUCAGGUGUCGAUAAGAAGCUUCUUAUACUUCUUGAAAAUGGCUCGGAUGUUGCCCAGCACAAUGCUUUAAUUUUACUCAAGACAUUUUGUGAGCUGGGAGGUUCUUUUCGGCUUGUAACGUUGAAUCUAUUGCCUUGGAAUGCAAGACUCAGUUUAGAAAGAUACUUUGUAUCAGAUAGGAACAUUCUUUUGUCGCCAAAACCUCAGACAUUUGAAGAUACUUUGAACAAGAUCAUCACAGGAGAUGAUGACAAGCAGGUGUUGGAUGCAAUGCAGGAUCUAAUGAUGUUUGUCGAGAAAGCAAGCGAGCCAAGAAUUCUUGACAUGAUCUUACAAAGCAGUAUGAUAGAAAGACUAGCGCUUUUGCUACAACCAACAUUUAGUGAACAUAACCGAAUUCGAUCAGAAUCAGCUUUCCUGCUGAUGAAGCUUGCUUGUGCAGGCGGUGAGCCGAUAAUAUGCAAGAUUUUGGAGCAAGACAUUAUUCAUGAUCUUGUCAAGAUGAUGCAAUGCAACAUAAGUGAAUUACAGGAUGUAGCAUACACAACUCUCCAUCAAAUUGUAUUCGGAAAAGGAGGAACACUAGUUUUGAACCGUCUUCUCAAAACUGGAUUGAUCGAAAGAAUAAUCCAUUCGCUCGACAGUAACAAAUCACACAAGACUAGAGAAGUGUGCGUGCUUUUCCUUGUGGAUAUCAUUGAGGUUGGAAGCAAGUCUUGCAUAGAGAGAAUGCUAGCAUUGCAAGUAGUCGAAAAACUAGUGAAUGUCGAAAAAACCGGUGGCAUAUUCAAAGGCACUAUUAUGAAAUUUCUGAAAGGUUUAGACAUGUGUAAAAAUCUAUCCCCGGCCGAACGUCGAGUAAUGAAGCAACAAGUUGUAAGGAAGGUGAGAUCAGUGAUAAAAGGGCAUAAAUUAGAAGCAAGUCUAAUUGCCAGCAUUGAGUCCUCUUUAUCUGAAAGUUCAAGAGGAGCUAGCAGCAGUAAACCAAGGAAAUACCUCUGAAGCACAUUGUUUGAAUUGGUACACAAUUUUUCUUUCGCAGGCAAAGAAAUUCAUGAGAUUAUUUUUGUUCAGUGAAUGGAUUAAUCUCUGUCAAAACCUGUUGUAGCAGACCACACAAUUGGAGCAAUUCUUGAAGUAUCAGUUAUCAAAUUCCUUCCCUGAUUUUGU